UUUGAGAUUUUUGUUGCUUCUUGCAGAUGGUUCAGUUGGAGCGCAAGGAUCUCAGUUACACCAACAGGUCAGAGAAGUAUCGCUUAACCGCGGAGGAUAAACACGACGCUUUUGAACGACAAUAUUACCAUGUUUAUGCCACCAGACUGGAACUACUGAAACCAAGAAUUGUCGCAGCUUGCAAAAAUGCUCUUGCUGGCAAUGUUGAAUACAAACAGUUGGAAGACUUGGAAAUGUUCGAGAAAGCGUUUGUUAUCGGGACAAUCGAGAAGAGGAUAAACCAGCGACCUGGUGUGCUGAAGGAAAUUGCCGAAGAAGAGCUGAUCGUCCCGGAGGAUUAUGAUGGCGAUGAAAUGGUAUCAAUCGUAUCGAACAAGGACUUUCUUGAGUUUGAAGACGAGAAGCAAAUUGUUAAAUUGGAGGGCAAUAUCAGCAUGGAUGAAGUGGCAACAGGGUGUACUGCGGGACUGUACGGAUCUCAAGUCAAAUCUGAUGUGUUCAACGUCGAGAAGAUUAUCUGGCCAACACCAUGCCCGCAGCGUCCUUGGCCAACCGCUAAAACUGGAGGAGUAGUUGCUUUUAUCUCUGGUCUCGAGCUCACUGGUGAUGCUGUAAAUGACACCGCAGUCACCACAGCUUUCGAGUUGAUGUCUCGCUGGCUGAACAAUGAAAUCUCUGAUGAAGUUGAUCCUACAUCUCUCUCUACUCGCGUGGAACGGCUUGUUGUAUUAGGAGAAAGUAUCGCUGUUGGGCAAGCCCAUGAAUUCGCAUCUGCUGUUCAUUACCUCAAUCUCAACUACAAGGAGGCUUCAUCAAAUGUGGAAACUAUCGGUGUGCUGGACGCUCUACUUAGCAGAGUAUCGAACCGAGUCAAAGUGGAUCUAAUUCCUGGUAUCGGUGAUCCCUGCGUACAACAGAUGCCUCAACAGCCCAUACACCGAGCUUGCCUACCAAGAAGCUCUGUAAGCGGUGCAGCUUUAUCUCUCGUAACGAAUCCGUACGAGUUCACUCUUGCCGAUUUGGACUUCCUUGUCACUUCAGGUCAAAAUGUAUCCGAUUUACGACGACUAAGUGCUGUGACGUCGAGUUGCGAGCUAAUGAAAAAUCUCCUCCGAUGGCAACAUGUCGCACCUACCUGCCCGGAUACGGUAGACGGGUUUCCGUUCGACAAAAGAGAUCCGCUCAUAAUGGAUGGUGAAUUUCCUCAUGUGAUGGUUACUGGAAAUCAACCACUACCGGAAUCUCAGUGGUACGAUGGACCAAAUGGAGAACGAUGUCUCACUAUCGCUGUACCGCGCUUCUCAAAAACUCAGCUACUUGUUCUUUUGGAUUUGGAUACCAUGGAGGUCAUGUAUGAACAUUUUGCCAUGGAAUGAGAUCUCUACACAAUCAAACAGAUGAUCUUCACCCUCGCAUCUCAUCUUUGCCUUCUGGUAUUGCAUGUUCUCACCAUGGGUAAAUAACAAGUCGUUGUACAAUCUGAACAAUGGCUGAUGUUUGCCGUCCGGCUUUAUCGUGUCUUAAGUCCACUUGUCCCAUAUAUUUGUUAAUCUCUUUUCACUUACUGACAUGAAUCUUCAAAUAAAUGUUGCUCA